AUGAAAAAUAACACGAGCAACCAUGAGAAGAACGGGCCGGAGAGCCUGAAGCUGUUGAGAGUGCCGUCCACGCCGCCGACCACCCCAACGACGCCCACCACUCCGAGCUCCAGGGGCCUCGAGGACGUCUUCAAAGAUUUACCGAUCACCGACGAAACAUCCUGCGGCAUCUGGUGUAUACGGAGCCCGACGUUGCAAAGAUUCGCCAAUAAAAAGGCUUAUGUGUUUCUCUACGGUGUGCUUGGAUGUAUAUUUUCGGCGAGUUACGCGUAUUUCAACGGCACCAUUACGACUAUCGAGAAAAGGUUCAAGAUACCUUCGAAGACGACAGGUCUUAUCUCUGUAGGUAACGAUAUCUCGCAACUGUUCGUAUCGGUGGUCCUGUCUUAUUACGCAGGAAGGGGUCACAGGCCUCGAUGGAUCGCAUUCGGGAUUUAUACCGUGGUUCUCUUUUGCUGUUUAACGAUGUUACCGCAUUUUUUGUAUGGUCCCGGAGAAGAUGCUCUUCUACUCACAAAAGAAUAUGGGGCGAAGCCACAGAUUGCAAAUUCGAGUCAUAUACCUGAUAAAUAUCGGAAGUUCUUAUGUUUCGGGAACGAAAGCCGAGAAAACGAAUGCGAGGACGCUGAUGGAAAUUUCGCGCCUCAAGUGUUGCUGUUUAUAGCACAACUGGUAUCAGGAGUCGGUGGCUCAUUAUAUUAUACUUUAGGAGUAUCCUACAUGGACGACAAUAUACAAAAAUCAAAGACACCAGCGUUGAUCAGUUUUUCGUACUUUUUAAGAAUGUUGGGACCGGCUAUUGGUUAUGGUUUGGCUUCGUUUUCCCUGAAAUUCUACAUUAGUCCUUCGUUGACGCCAACAAUUACAACGCAGGAUCCAAGGUGGUUAGGUGCCUGGUGGCUCGGUUGGAUCAUCCUGGCCAUCCUUCUCUUUGUCUUCGCGAGCAUCAUUGCGCUUUUCCCUAAAACGUUGCCCCGAGCCGCAGCUCGUAAAGCUUUAGCCCUGGAGCGAAAUAAAUCGGCAACCAGCAUAAAAGAGGAUGAAGAACCAGAGUUGCCCGCCUCCUUCUCAGACAUGAUGAGGACAUUUAAAAGGCUUUUGACAAACAUCACUUUAAUGUGCAAUAAUCUGGCAACCGUUUUCUAUUUCAUGGGAUAUAUGCCGUACUGGAUCUUCAUGCCGAAAUACAUCGAAACCCAAUACAAACAAUCAGCCUCCGUUUCCUCGUUGAUUACUGGAACAGUCGGUUUGGUCUUCAGCGCCUUUGGAAUUCUUCUGUCAGGGCUAAUUAUCUCCAAGUACAAACCGAAGGCUAGGUAUUUGGCCGCGUGGAACGUGAUGGUAGGAGCUAUAUCGGUCGUGGGGAUGAUUUCUUACGCGUUCCUCGGCUGUUCCGCUAACGAUAACCAAAUUACGGUUCAAUCAGACGGAGCUCUGAAGACUCUGCUACCGUGUAACGAACAAUGUCACUGCGAUUACGUUACUUAUAAUCCUGUCUGUUCGGAGCAUGGUCAGACGUUCAUUUCUGCAUGUCACGCCGGAUGCCGUAAUAUGAAGAUACAGACGAAUGGUAGUAAGAUGUACACGGAGUGCAGUUGUAUUAAAUCAAAAUUCGCACGUUUACCAUUUUUGUUCGCGAACAACAAUUCGAUGCACACAACGGAAGAUCCGUUCGAGAGUCCAGAACCUAGUGGUUCAAUUCCUUUGGGUACUGCAGUACCAGGAGCAUGUCCUGUAGAUUGCAUGCACAAAUUUUACAUUUUUCUGGCUGUGGUUUGUCUGCUGAAGUUCAGUGGAGCUACUGGAAGGGCAUCGAACUUUUUAGUUUCCGUUAGAUGUGUCGAUGAGAAGGAUAAAACAGUGGCCAUGGGUUUCGGAUUAACUAUUAUGAGCUUAUUUGCAUUCAUACCGUCUCCUAUUUUGUUUGGAUUUAUUUUAGAUAAAACCUGUCUUGUUUGGGGGAAGACAUGUUCGGGUACAGGAAAUUGUUGGCUCUAUAACGGAGAAACAUUGAGAUAUCUACUAAACUUUACCGCAGCCACGUUCGUAACGAUCGGCACGUUAUUCGACGUGGGUGUUUGGUAUUUCGUGAAAGACGUGAAAAUCUUCGACGAGGAGAUUGAGCUGAAAGACAUAGCCGAAGAACCAGGGGAGACACUUUGA